UUCAGUAUAGUUGCGCACAAGUACUGAAGCGCAUUCGCUUGUCUGCUCGCUGUAAAGAUACAUUCACAAUACAAUAAUGAGUGUGAUGCGGAGGUAGAAGGUUGUGAUUGCAAGGGAAAAAAUCCCAUUUUAUCGCUGACUAGUAGAUUCAAUUAUUGCAAAAUCCAGUCACGAACGGAUUGCGGGAGCGCUGCCAGAUGACAAUAAGUGGUCGAUAAGUGAACCGGAACGGAAGUGUGGACUAGUUUUAGGGAUUCGUUUCGCGUGGGACCAGAAAAAAAGCUGUAUCGAGUACAAUCAUUUUUACAAAAAAUAAACACCAGCAACUGACGAGGAACUACAACUACUAUCCAUCCACGUUUGGCAAUCGACAUCAAAACCGGUAUUCGAAAUGCACAUGCACAUGUCCUUCUGGUGGGGUGCCGACGUUGGUGACGUACUCUUCAAGGGUCUAGCAGUCAACACAACCGGAGCGAUGGUGGCACUCUGUUUGGUUCUGACGGGACUCUCGAUUCUGUACGAAGGAUUGAAGGUUCACGGUGCCAAAGUACGCAUGCGAACGGCCCGCGAGCGCUCCCGAUCCGGAUCGUGUCCGCCCAGCGAAAGUGCCACCCUCCUCUCACUUGAACCCUCCCCAGGCCUACUACGAGUACUGGCUAAACGUGGCAGUGCAUUUCUAGCGGAAGCCACGGUGUUCCUAUUCCACAACAUGCUGGGCUAUGCUCUCAUGCUCAUGGUUAUGCUCUACAACGGGUACCUAUUCCUGGCAGUGGUAGGUGGAAUGGCCCUUGGUUAUUUCCUCUUCGGCCACAUGUCUAUGAAGGUCAAUAUGGAAAACAUCCAGGCUAGGCAAACGAAUGCCAUCUGUGCGGCACGCUGUCUGCAGACAGAUCCUCGGUUUACCGGUAUUCGCCCUCAUUUUGUGCCGGCCAAUCGCCUUCACUUUUUCAGACUCACCAAGGCCAUCAUCGCCAAGUUUCAUGGAGGAAAGGCAGCAGCAGCAGCAGUUGCAUCAUGAACCGUACGAGCUGAAUGUGGACGGUUCGAUACCGUCAACGUCCAUCAGCACAACAGUCGAGUGCCAUUGAGACCCAAACUAACUUCCAUCCAAGCGCCAUCUGUUUGUAGAGUAGCGGAAGAUGGCUCCUAACCUAAAAGUUUGAGGCCAAGGCAAUGCAAUCAUUCUGACUCUAGCUGCGGUACGAAACGUGGUCAAGCUUUUAGAAUAGGAAGCAUCGUUAGUAACCAGCCAAAUACCUAAGAUAUUAUGCAAUCUCAUUACUGUGUGAUCGACGAUUUUUUAUAGGAGAGAUUUCCAAAUGAAAUGAAAAAAACGCACCAUAUUAAAUAAACACAAUUUAGCUGAACAAAAACCUUUAGCGCUUGUUCAGCUUUGAUCGUUUAUUGAGCGAUGCUCAAGCUAAAGUAUUAAAUGUUAAGAAGUGAACCCGAACUAAGAGAAGGCGACAAAUGUGUAGCAUUCUACUGUGAUCUGUUUACAAACAAAAAAAAACUAAAAUCUACGAGUAAUUAGAAAUAAAAUCAGUCAUUAUUAAUAAUUUGUAUCUUCCAGAGCUAAGUGUGUUUUUUCUCUUGACAACAAAACAAAUUUAAAGUGGAUUUGAUUUUAGGUGCAGGCUUUCUCGUCUAUUAGUGUGCUAAUUUUAGCGAACAAGUAUUUGUUUACUGUACAGUAAAGUUCAUCCUUCAUUUAUUAGUUACGAAUUUAACAUAUUAUUUUCCGGUGCUUUGUGUGAUAGUUUGACGUUUCAAUUCUCAAAACAAAUAAAUUUAAGCCUUCGCAAUAGAAAAUGUUUUCAAACUACAGUUAGAUAAGAUUAUCCAAAUAUAUAUAUACUGAAUUAAGCUGUUGUAGAUUAGCGUUGAAUCUUGCGUUGAAUAAUGUUUAAUUCGAAUAGAGAAAUACCAACCCUAGACACCCCGAAAAAAGUUCUAUUGUCUGCAAUGAUCGAAGAAGUUCCACAGACUUACAGACAUAACACUGAGAGGGAAUUCCCUCAAAAAACAUCGAUCCGGCAAUUUUUCCAGAACACUAGCUCCACCUUUUAUUCACAGUCCCA